AUGGCAUCUACCACAAAAGCCCGCAAGGGUGGCCCCAAUAGCAAUAAUUCGGCCAAGGGCACCACUCUCUUGUCUGUGCGGUAUCCAGUAAAUUCCAGUUGGGAGUUCACUCUACCCAACGAUGAGAUUGCGGCUGGGACCGUGUACUGCACGGAUGAGACUUCCCAACUAAUUGUGCUUCAAAAAUCUCUGGUGCAUACAACUCUGACGUUUGAAGUUCGGAUGGUGCAGGUAUUGAGCAUAAAGGGAGAAAAACUUAUAAGUAGUAGCGCCGAGAACAGCGCCAACAAAGGAGAUGCAUCACUGUCAAAACCACUGCCGGUUAUCGAACGAAAGCUGCUCGACGAUAGAGAAAAAAGAGCAAUUCGCCUGGCGGAAGAAAGCUUCCGCCACAUAAACCAAAAUGCAACUCCCCAAGGACAAGCAAUAUUUGAUAGGCUUUUAAAAGCAUGCAAUGAAGUUACCUGGGAAGGAAAGUCUAUCUUGGUGUUAGGACAGAUUCAGGUUGAUCCUCCCUACGCUCAAGAAAACUGCAAAGUGAUUUCCAAGGGCAGUGGCGCCGAAGGAAGUCUAGACCGUGUGAAGAAAAUCGUGGCAGCUGCAGCUUCAGGUGGUUUUUGA